AUGAGAGCUUUUCUUGCCGCUUUGUUGGUUGUGUUUAUAAUCGACACAACCACCGGCGAUACUAUUCGCAUCUUUGAUUAUAGAAGUAGUGUGCAGACAUGGGAGCAGGCACGUGAAGCAUGCAGAAAUCUCGAGUUCGGUCAAGGCUGGGACCUUUUGCAAAUUAACGAUUUUGAGAAUGAACUUAUCACCAGUCUUCUAAGGAGGGAAUGUAGCGAUGGCACGGAUGGUUGGUGGCUUCGUGGGACAUAUUCAAACUUUCCUGGAGAAAGUAAUGGGGACGGCCGGAAUAACUUCGCUAUUUACAAAAAUGAUUUCCAGUCGAGAUCUGUGGCUUUCCGUUCAGCACGGAGCUCGAGAUUAGGCUACAUCUGUGAAAAGCAAUGUGGUUUGGACUGGCCUAGGACUGACGGAGGAUCUGUUGCUGGCACCGAAGAGUUUGGUCCUUCCACUUCCGGAAGAUUUGGACUUACACCUUUCCAAAGAGUUCGACCUUCCCAAGACCUCAAAUCCCUCCUUUUGGAGGAUUUGAUCAAACCCAAGAAUUAUCAGGUCUUCAAUUUCCUGAUUUUACCGAGUCUAGAGGAUCAAAUCGUCUUCAACAAACUCCGUUACAAGGAAGUAUCUUUACUUCCUUUGUUCCCGAUCCUAGAGGAUUCGCUCGUAGUUCAACUUCUCGUAAUAGAUUGCCUACUCUAUUUUAAAGUAAUCCUCCAUUGAUUACUUGUAAGCAUGAAAAUAAAAAACUUUCAAUAA